AUGCUGCGGUCGAAGUUGGAUAUGGUGGAGCGCGAGAAUGAAAAUUUGAAGCGAAACGGCGCGAGCGCGAGCGGCGACGGCGGCGGAGGGGCGCGGGGGGGGGCGGGGGAGGUGAAUUACGGCGCGGUGGGGGGGGCGAAUGGGGCGAACGCUCGCGCGGCGCCGACGUCGACGAACGCGGCGAGCGUCGUGGCGAAGGCGGAGGUGCAGGAUUUAAAGCAGCAGUUGGCGACGCUUCGAUCGAAGUUGGCGUUUAAAGAGGAAGAGAUCACCGAGGCGCGCAGGCUGGAGGACGACGCGCGAGCGAAGUUGCGCGCGGCGAAUGACGAGCGCACGAAACUCGCCGCGGAAGUUCGCGCCGAACGCCGGGCGAGGGCGUCGGCGGGACAAAAGCGACCGUCGCGAGACGAGAGCCAAGAGACGGCGGCGAACAAGCGACAGAGAACGGGCGGCGCAAGCGGUGGGGAUGUGUUAGGAAGCGAAGCGCGAGUUGGUGAACGUACGACUGGAAUGAGCGCUGGUGGCAGUCAUCGACGCGCGCGCGAAGGUUUGAGCGUGGCGUCGCCGCCCGAAACGCUCGCGUUGGCGCUUCCGAUGGCGCCGCCCGACGUCGCGGCGACGCUGUACCAACGCGGCGUCAGCGGGUAUUACUCGAGCGAUAACGUCUUCGCGCGGUUGAUGAACGACGUUCCGCUCGAUGUGAGUUCUUUUUUAGCGAAACCAAACGAAUCAUCGGUCGUGAGUGCGGAGUUGGUGAACCCCGUGCGCGCGGCGCUCAUGAAUUUGGCGACGAAUCCGGAUUCGACGGUGGCGCUCACGCGCGCGCUCGUCGAGUCCAUCGUAGAAACAUCGAAUUCCAUCACGUCUUCGGCGCACUACGCGCACGUGACGUCGAUAUUGCGAAUUCUUUCCGCGCUCGCGAUGAUUGAUGGGCGAAGCCUGAGCAUCGUGCUCGGCGCGUGCGGGGCGCAGAGAAAUCAAACCGUCGCGACGGUCACAGCGCACGGGUCGCCGCCAGCGUCUUUGGCGGGGAUUCCCGGUUUAGGCGGAGCGGGCAUGGGUACGCUCGUCGCGCAUCCGCGCGCACACAGCGGUCGUAUCUUCGUUCCGGCGUCCAUGAGUUCGACGAAUCACGCGUCCGCGCCGACGCCAAAACCGACGAAGACGACGAAGAGCAGGUUGUCGGGGAGCCAAGGGGGAGAGGCACCGGAGGUGGCGCCGUUUUUGGAGACAUUGAUACAGUUACUCACCGAUGCGAAGUGUGAUGGUCAGUGGCGCGUCGUCGACGCCGUGAUCGUGGCGCUCAUUCGAUUCGCGAGCGGUGUGGGCGUGGAGAAUGGCCGGGGCGCGUUUGGCGCCGUGGCGCAAAAGCACAGCGGCUUUGGAUCGUGCCUGAAAUCGAUCGCCCCGAACAGCACACGGUUCUUGGCGCUCAUGCUCAUUCGAAUGUUGGCGCCCACGCCCGAAUUUCAGUCGUUCCUCUGUGAACCACUCGACGUCGAGCGAGGGAUUGAAAAGCCGCCGACGCCUGAACGGCGCAAGCGAGCGACGUUGUUCGCCGCGAUUCUGAGUUGCCUCCGAGCAGAUUGCGUGGAGGAAAACGGCUUGAUCUUCGUCAUUAAGUCCUCAUACGUGGCGCACGCCACGCCUGAGCAGAGCGGCACGCUUCAAGAGGCGGCGCUCCGCGUGUUAAGAACGCUCGCCUUCAUCGGCUGGUCCGAGUACGGCGCCGCCGCCGUCGCCGUCAACGCCCUCGACGUCCUCGCCGCCGUCGCCGUCGAAGAGUACGUCUCCCCGCUCCCCGUGGCGCACUCCAAAUCAUCAACAGCCCUUCACCAAGCCACCAGGCUCGUCCACGCCCUGCUCGACGAGCACUACGACGCCCAUCUUCCUCGCCUCUUGGGCGCUCGCAAGAGUCAGCGCGUCAUCGCCCGUCUCGCCCACCUGAGUUCCGCCAGCGGCGGCGGUCGCGAAUCUCGCAUGGCCGAUUGGCUCGGCCGCAUUUUACUCAAGGUGCGCGAGUGA